AUGAGGACGCGUGAUCUGCUAGUCUUGUCAGAGCACGAGCGCAAGCAAACGGCACGCGCCAUGUGCUGGUCAAAAGAUGGUACCCAUGUGGCCAUGGGUUGUGACGAUAAAACUGUUCGCGUGUUUCAGGCUCGAACGGGCACGGCUGUGCGUGAAAUUAAUCAGCCGCACGGUGACGCCGUCGUGGGCGUGGCCUUGUCUUCAGAUGCCCGACUGUUGCUGACUGGCUGCAAGGACAAGCGCGCGCGUCUCUUCGAUGUUGACACUGGCGCCAUGGUGUUUGAACACAGUGCCGAGGGGCGGGUGUAUGCCGUAGCCUUUUCUCCAGACGACCGCCGCAUUGCAGUUGGCGACGACAACAAGCAGAUUGUGAUUCUGGAUACCCUGGGACAUGAGAAACAUGCCAUUGCUGAACACUCCGACUACGUUCGCUCCAUUCGCUACAGUGACGAUGGUGAGCUCUUAUUCUCUGGGGGCAAGGACGAGCGACUGCUGAUUUUCGAUGCAAGCACCGCUCAACCACGUGUUGCACUCGAACACGUUGGCUGGGCCACCAUGCUUGCUUUUAACGGCCAUACCAAACAAUUCAUGUCCGCUGUCCAAGCUCGCCAAGAUUCAGCCGUUCGCCAUCUCAACAUUUUCAACAUCUUCAACAACCGCGAUUCAGUCGUCACAAAGACCAUCAAGCUCAAAGUAGCCAUUUCCGCCAUCGCCUUUGACAGCCGGAGGGAGAUGAUUUGGUGCGGAAACAAAAAAGGCAAACUUGUGGGUGUAGAUCUUUCCUCGUUCAAGACCACACAUUCCACGGGCCUGCAUGACAAGACCAUCACAUCUCUGGACAUCUCCGCAGAUGGAGUCAUCGCAGCAACCUGCGAGGAUGGGCGACUUCGCGUCGUCCUACCACAGCCCGGGGGCAAGUUCUUGCAAUCCGAGGAACUUCACGAGCAAAAGGACAAGCUGACAGCUGUCUGCUAUUCACGUUGUGGCAAAUGGCUGGUCUGCGGCGAUUCCAAGGGCCACGUGUUGGCCUUUGACACAGAGGAUCAACUGGUCUGCCGGGCACAACUGGCCCCAUGCGUGACGGCUUUGCGCUUUACGGCGUGCAAGUGCAAAGCCUCAUAUGCAAGCUGUGAUGCACGUCUCGUUGUUGGAGCGAGCGACGGCAACGCUUAUGUUUAUGACAUGAAUAUUCUUGUGGCUGCCAUGGAGUCAAGUGAUCCGGCCUCCGCCCGUGAGGCCGCCCUGCAAUUCACUUGCUCUGGACACACCAAAGAGAUUUAUGAUGUCGCCGUUUCAGAGGACGGCGAGCUGAUGGCAACAGUUUCGCGAGACAAAACUGCCCGUCUGAUGCGCACAAGCACGGGUCAAGUGAUUGCUUGUAAGGCUGGACACUCAGACCAUGUCAAGGGCGUCUGCUUCACACCGAGCAAUGAGGUCGUUUCCAUCUCCGCAGACAAGACUCUGCGGUGUUUUGAGCCAGAGCGAGUCUCACAAGGCACGCUCCGAGCCACAGACGUUGAAGAUGAAUCCUCAACCAUGCACUAUGACGAUUACACAAGCCGCUUCGUGGCGCUGCCCAGCGGUGGUGCUUGCUCAGCGGCUGCGUCCUCGGAGAGCCGCUUUGUGCAGCUGGUGGCAGUAGGCUGUGACGACGGUAGUUUGGCCAUCGUGGACAUGAGCAUGUGCUCGCAGCAGCCAUUUUAUGCAGAAGCAAGAAACAUCAUUUCCCGCGAUGUUGAAACUCGGGACUACGCAGCCACGAGUUCCAUCCUUCAACGCUUUCCUCUGAUGGUCCACGACGCGGAUGCCGAUGGAAACACCCUGACACACAUGGCGGUGGCUCGUGAAAACGACGCCCUGCUUCAAGUUUUGCUCAAGGCGCGCCUGCCCAAAUUUUGGCUACCCUUGAACAAUAAUGGCGAAGACAUGCUCAGUAUUGCCACACAGCUGCGCAACCGGGCCUGUGUGCAACUCAUCCUCGAGCGUAUCAUCCAAGCCAAGGAGGUUUGCUCUCUCUCUCUCUCUCUCUCUCUCUCUCUCUCUCUCUCUCUCUCUCUCUCUCUCUCUCUCUCUCUCUCUCUCUCUCUCUCUCUCUCUCUCUCUCUCUCUCUCUCUCUCUCUCUCUCUCUCUCUCUCUCUCUCAGGAUCAACUGGCUGGCUUGCCGUCCAAGCGGAAUCGUUUUCUGCUUGGGUGCCAAUCCCUUUCAGGCUGCCGUCGCCCGCGAAUACAUCGUGGGCUCAAAUGAGCGGAUGCCCAAUGCUCUUUGGCUGCGCCUGCGGCAGAAAGGCGAGCUUGGCCCCUUGCCACAACCCGGAGCACCGCGUAUGACUGCCAAACAUGUUGGUAUCAUGAACAUUGCGGGACUGAUGUUGGCGGAGCAUGCCACCAUCGAGUCUGCCCUGGCAAACUCGGUUUUGCACACGUUUAUUCGUGCCGGCAAUGCGCAGCUUUUUGGCAAUGACAUUAUGAAAUCGAUUCUGCAUUUCAAGUGGGAGACAUAUGCUCGUGGCCUGUUUUUCAGGGAGCUGGGCUAUUUCGUCAUGUUCUUGCUUGCGUUUACUGUCUUUACGCUGCUGGCGGCACAACUGGACCGGCAUGCCUACUCCUUCUUGGAGCUAUGGACAGGCUCCUGGGCCGGUUUCAUCUGUUGCUCGCUGUCAAUGAUGAUUCCGGCCUACAGCUACCGCCACUUGCUGAUCGAGUACCAACAGUUUCUGCGCGCAAAGGGAGACCAAUCGUUGUCGGGGGGCACUGAUCUGUCUGGCAUCAAUGCAGCGCUGACCGUGCUCGUGGAUGGCUGGAACCUUUUGGGCAUCAUUCUUGCUGUUAUGACAUUUGCCUCCUGCUGCCUCUGGAUCAUGGGUUCUUCGGCCUUUGCAAUCGUCUCUUCUAUUGCCGCGUUUGCAAAUUGGAUUCAGAUUUUAUACUACUUUCGAGCUUUUGAGCUGACGGGUGGCCUGGUGCGAAUGGUGUUCAAGGUCUUCUACUACACUGGCCCUUACAUGAUGAUUCUUAGCGUGGUCUUGCUAGCAACGACCAAUUGUCUUUACGUGCUGUUCAGUGACAUAGAGACGGAAGAGGGCAGCGUGUUUCACCAGACUUUAUCCCCCUUGCACGCACUUUUCGUGACUUUUAACAUGGUGUUGCUCGGCGAAGGAAACGUGACGGAGGGACUGCCGGGCGAUCGCCCUUUUGUCAAAGCCUUGGUCAUUAUUCUCUUCUCGCUAUUUAUGGUGGCCAUCAACAUUUUCAUGCUCAACCUGAUGAUCAAUCUCCUUGACGACUUUAUGCAAAAGCUCGCUCGUUCCUGUCUCACGCACACACGUGCAUUCCAUCAGAUUAACGACGAUGAGGGUGAUGCAUUUCCUUUUGAGCUGGCUCGAAUCAUCGCUGAGAUUGAGCUACUCAUGCCUUUGGAUGAUUUGCGCAAGGCAGCAUUAUUUCCCGAAUGGCUUCACAUCUUACGACCCAAGGGCGAUGAGCUGUUGCGUCUGACGGCUGGCGAUGCCUGGAAAGGCACGGUGCAAGCCAUCAAGAAUGAGAACAACCAUUUGGAACGCAAGUAUCAAAAGGCGCUGGCAAACAUGGAAAUGCGCCUCAAUACCAAAUUUGAUGUGUGUACCUUGCCCCAAGCGGUUCCAAGUCUUUGA